UCCCGCCUGCUUCCCGUAGUGGCGGUUUAUUGGCUACAGGCGGAUCACAAAACAAAACAUCUUUAGCCAUUUUUCAGUUAUUAAAUCAUCUUUCAGGGCGUCGCCAUGGAGGAGGUGACCCGCCUGGUGUCCACUGGAGACUCCGUCAAGAUCUGGGAUGCGGUUUCCAUGGCACCGCUGGAGCAGUUUAACCCUCACAUCACCAGCCACCCUGUCGCUCAGGCCUGCUGGAGCUCCAACAACCAGUACCUGGUCAGCGCCAGCGCCAGUGGAGACAAAGUGGUGGUUUCCAGUCUCAAGUCGGCUCCUGUUCCAGUGGUGGAGCUGGCCGACGGGAAAAAGCAGACUCGUGUGUGUCUGAGUUCGUCGUCUCAGUUUCUGGUCAGCGGAGGUUUGGAUCACUGUGUUCACAUCUGGGACCUGAAGACCAAAAGGCUGCACCGCUCGCUGAAGGACCAUAAAGAAGAAGUGACCUGCGUGUCCUUUAACGCCAACGACAGCUACGUCGCCUCCGGAUCCACCAGUGGAGAUCUGGUCCUCCACAGUCUGACCACCAACCUGUCCAGCAAAGCGUUCGGCCACGGAACCAACCAGCCCAUCCACGACCUGCGGCUGUCCAUGGUGAAGCGCUCGCUGCUGGGGAGCGUUUCUGACAGCGGCACCGUGGUUCUGUGGGACUCCAACACCCAGAAGGAGCUCCACGUGUUCGACAGCGCCCACAAGGCCCCGGGCUCCGGCCUGGCCUUCUCCCCCACCAGCGACCUGCUGGUGGUUAGCGUCGGCCUCGACAAGAAGAUCGUCUGCUACGACACCGCCAGCAAGAUUCUCCUGCGGUCGAUCCGUGUGGACAGUCCUCUGACCGCCGUGGACUUCACCCUGGACGGGACCGGUCUGGUGGUGGGAUCCACUCAGGGGAAGAUCUACCAGUACGACCUGAGGAACUCCAGCGCCCCCACCAGGAUCACCGUGGCACACAAGACCUCCGUCACCUGCCUGCGUUUCCAGAGCAACGCCAGCAAACACAAGUCCAGUAAACUGGGCUCCACCAAGAUUUCCAGCACUAAAAGAUCCUCCAUCAAACUGUCCAGCAGCCAGCCGGAACCGCCCUCCAGCACAGGCCCCGCCCCCCACAGACAGGUGACCAGCACAGGUGGAGGCGCCGGUGCAGAGGUGAUGAGUCGGGAGGCUGAAGGGCAUCACGGAGCAGAGCAGCCGCCUGUCGUGGAAAAGUUCAGCAGCGUCGGACGAAACAGCCUGGACAUCUUCUCUCCUGCUCGCGAAGAUGGUCCAGACUCCAGGAUCCCAGGGACGACCGGAGACACCCCGUUUGGACGGACACAUGUUACCAGCCUGGAGAUGCUGUCCAGAGAAGGGGAGGGUCAGCAGCUGAUUGGUCGGGGCAGUCUGGACAUCUUCUCCCCGGUCAGAGAAGAUUCCCAGUCAGGUGCCAACUCCCUCCGUAAGACCCCCCUGGGAACCCCUCUGGGAGUCGCCUUGGGAACCCCGCUGUUGGGCUCCGGAGGACGAGGCUUCAACCCGCAGUCGGUCUUCCAGACCCCCCCGGCAAUAAAAGAGGAGGAGCCACUCGCGGCUGGAGCUGCAGAAGCAUGUGACUCCAGAAAGUCUGACAAGGCCAGCAGUUCCAGCCUGGAAGCAGAGGGUAAAACCACGCCCACCAUGUCCCAGCCGACCAAUCACAGUCAGCCGGCCCCGCCCUUCUUCACUCCAGAGCCCGGCCUCCGGCGAGCCAAUGGCGUCCAAGCUCAGCUGAGCUACGACUCACCUGUCCAGGGAGCUCCAGCCACCACCACCACCACCGCAGCAGGUCUGUCGGCGGCCAUGUCCUCGUCUCUCUCCCAGAACAUCGCAGACGUGGUCGGGCAGGCGGGAGCUGCUCCUCUCACCUCCCUGCAGAUCCACUUCAUCCAGAACAUGAUCCACGAAACCAUGGAGGAGUUCAGGAACGCCUGUCACAAAGACAUCAUCAACCUGCAGAUCGAGAUGGUCCGACAGUUUUACAUCCAGCUGACGGAGAUCCACGGCUUGAUAGAGAAAUACUCCGUCAACGAGUCUCUGGUGGAGGAGAUCGAGAAGCUGAAGGAGGAGAACCGGCGGCUCAAGGCCAACUACUGACCUCUGUGACUGUGCUGCCCCGAGUCGAUGCGACGACGACGCUGCUGCUGCUGCUGCCUGAGAGCUCAGUCUGCUUUACUUCAUUACUGCCUCAGUCGGCUCCUGCAGCAGCAGCCGGUGAGAGCGACGCUCAUGUGUGCGUUUUUUACAGAUGGACCGAGGCUGGACGCGUUGUUUGUUUGAUGAAAUGUCUGAUCAGGCGUUUUUUGGUGUAAUUUAUGAAAUAAAUGUAAUGUCACGGCCUGUGAGAGUCGGAACAGACGUCGGUUCAUGUGUGCCUUUAUCAUGUUUACAUUUUGUCUAAAGAAUUAAAAAGAUGAAUGGUUAAUGCAAGGAAAAGAAGUGCUGUCUUUUAUAAAUGUAAACAGAAAGUGAGAAAUAAAGCAGGUAGAACUGGU